UGACUAAUUAUUUCCCCCAAGAUUUGGAAAAAACGGCCAUUAAUUAUGUUGAAUUACCGCAAGCAAUCUGGAAAAAUAACAAAGAACUGAGGAUUAUUUUAGCUUCUUUUUUGAAUGCACCAUUACAUAAUUAUCAGUGAAAACUCUAUUAGGUGCAAAACUUCAUUUAUCAAUAAUUUGUCGCCUUAAGGCACCAUAGCGCGUAUUUGCGCUGAUAAAAAUUGAGCAAAAGCACGCUUUUUUGCUCUAAUUUUCCAUUUCCUUUUCGUCUCAGGAAAAUGUUUUAUUUCCUUUUGACAUUGUGGAAGUCCAUCUAAUUUUGAAAAUGGAAAAACCCACCGAAGACUUUAUGCUUGUCAAUUAAUGCAGCAGAUCUUAAUCAAGGGUUCGUUUGGACCAUUAUUGGUUUUAUUGUGAAAGAAGAGGUUCGCCACCAUGUUGCUGAUACGUCCUAGUCAUUGGAUUGAAGUGGCAUCUGCUUUUAUUGAAUAUUGGGUGCAUUACAUAUUUCGAUUUCUACCUUUCAUGAAAUUACACAAACAUAUGAACAACCAAUGUGAACCAAGCGAAGAAGAAAAAAAUGACUAUGACUCCGAAUCCAGUUGCGGUUGGAGUCACUUAAACAUCGAUGGCUACGACAGAUCAGUAGAACCCGAUCCCAGUUCGUUUCUGGUCAUAGAGUCUCUGGAUUCUGCGCCGAGCUGUGGAUCUAUAAAUAUAGACCAUACAUCUAUUUUAUCGCUCGUGGACCAGACCGAAAGAUGGAAUGAGUCAACAUGGGAAGAGUUUUGCCACACUCAAACGGAAGCCGUGAAACGAUACGCGUCAGCCAGUAAUCUUGCCGUAGCGCGCAAUUUUGACUCGCUAAAAGCCUUAUCAAUCAAACACAACUCAUGCGAUCUGAGCGGUGUUGCUGGUUCGUCAAGUAAGGGACGCUCCUCAAAAAUUCCACAUAAACAAGCUUGCCAAAAACUUUCAGUGUCAACUGACUCAACAGAGUCAUGCAACAGUAUGUCAAUGAGAUCCUCCAAAUUGUCAGCUACAAGUUUUUCAAAGAAAGUCCGCAAAUUCACAGGUUUCAAGUUGUCCAAACAACAUGUGCCCAAGACAAAAACUCAAAACGAAGAAAUUAAACUGAAUCCUAUCAAUCAAGAAGAGGAAAUGUCGACCACGCAUGAAGAAAUUAACAGAGAAGAUGAUGAAAAUGAGGCAGAUACUUCAAAAGAGUGCAAUGAGCUGAACGAAGAAGGGGACGUUGAGAGCAACACGGACCCUCUUGGAUGUUCUUACAUUUCUAAGACUCCUCGUUUGCAAGUUACACCAUGUACAGAUCGUCCAACAACGAGUUGUACUGAGAAUAGUUAUAGUACCUGUUUCUUGGAGUUGCACAGAGAUGUAUAUGAGAACAACUUGGAACAUCUGGACGAAUUUUGGAGGAAAAAUAAGAAAAGACUGAAUUCGGCUCUGGAGUUGUUUGACCCCAAUGGUCUCAAUGCACUGCACCUGGCCUGCAGACUGGGUCGCACACAGUAUCUGGACCUGUUCCUCGUUCUUGCCAACACUAAGUUCUUCAAGUCGCGCACAAGAGACCCCAACGCACUCGGAUGGACUGUCCUGGACGAAGCUGUAGUGCUCGGAAACAGGAAGUACAUCAAACUAGUCUAUCUGAUGUUGCAAUAUCACCAACAGAAACGACUGAAGGAGAGAGAGGCUCUUAUCAAGAAAUCUCUCUCGCAGACUAUCGACUUCUGCAUCACCAUCAAAUGGUUGUUCAAGUCAUGGAUUCCUCUCUUAUCUCGAUAUCUGCCCAGUGAUACGUGUGUUCUAUACAAGAAAGGAAAUUGUAUCAGACUGGACUCAACUCUGCUGAACUUUUCCCAGAAUGCGUGGAAGAGGGGUAAAAUAUCGGUGCUCUAUAACCCCACUAAGUAUGGUGGGGAAAACUUCGUGUUCAUAGUGCCUUCUCAGAAACAAUACAGUAUCUCAUCCAUAGACAAGCCUCUGAAGCCCAAUGAGUUGUCGAGGGAGGUGAAUUCUCUGCUGAGUAAUGACGUCAUAGUGACCAAAGUGUCCACUAGGAGUAUGCAGUAUGCGCCCAUGAAGAGAUUAAUUAGUAGACACCGGAAAAUCGACAAGGUUGGGAAAUACUCGGCUACUUUCUAUCACUGGUCGGGCAUGAAUCUGAAGAUCUUCAAGCGGAGAGACCAUCUGUCCAGCGAGCAAGUGAGCAAAAACAAAAACGUCCUCAGCGAUUUCUACACUGGAGGAGUAGUGCCUGGAAUGGCUGGGGACUCCCACGCUAGGUCCAGAAUUCCAGACUUGAGACCUCCGGACGAACCAAUCGGAAGCUUCGAUGCCUAUUUAGAACACCAAGUUCAAGUGGGACGACCGAUGAAGAUUAAAAACCAGACCAAAAGUUUCAAAGGAUGCUUGGCAAUGAGCGACCAGUUUCCAUUGUCAAUCGAAAAGCUGACAGAAAUUCUAGAAGUUUUCUCAAACUUUAGACUGUUCAAUAAAUUGAAGAACUUUUUGCAGAGAGGUUUACCUCCUGGUUUUCCGGUAUACAUUGAAAUGCCGGUGUUUCCGACAGUGCAGGGCCAAAUAACGAUGGAAGAUUUUGCUCUGGAUUUGCCACCCAGUGCCAAAGAAGAGUUCUUCUACUGUGUGCCAGAGGGCUUCGAAAAAGUAGACGACUUGGAAGUCGGUUAAAACAAUUUCGGCGAAAGAUUACAUUAGUAGGUAACAUUAAAAUGACAAAAUGCUUUGUAUAAACAGUAAAACCUGUUCAACUUGAGGUUAUUAAGAUCUACAAGAAUUAUUGACUGACAUCUUUAGUAACCUUAAUAUUCUGAGACUUCUUAACUCCUGUUCAGUCCCUGUAGUGAAAGAAAAGAGCUUGUCCUGAUGUCUACCUUUGUAAUCCUUCGCCACAGCAUUAAUUGAAACUAUCAAUAUGUAAAAAGUUCAAUCACCGUAGUUUGCUUUUGACCAACCCAAGUUGUGACUAUCUUAAAUCUUUUUAAAAUACUCUAAUCAAAAUAAUUCUAUUCAAUGCAAUCUUUUGAAUUGCAUUUUUGUUUACUUAUUUAAAUAUUUGUGAAAAAUGGUCAAAAUCGAAUAUUUAUAUGGAAAAUUGUGUAACCGCUUUUCUUAUGUCCAUCUUGCAGAAACACUGUAUAUUUGCAGACUUAGCUUACUUAGUUCUCUAUAAAUUGCUAUGAACCUUGUAUCGAUGGCAACAUGAAAGAGAAUUAAUGUUUCAUUUACGUAAAAACCGCGAAAUUAGUUUGUUUCGAAAUUAGCUCAAAGGUGCUUUGCGCCUCUUUUAUUUUAUCUAUUUUGUAUAAAAAAUGUUAGAUCUAAUCAAUUUAGAAUAAAAACUGGAAAUUGUAUUUUUGAUAAACAUCGUAGAUACGACUUAUACUUUUUUUUUAUCUUUUUAUCUCGAAGAAUAUUCUUUUUGGUUACAGUUGCACUCAAGUGUCCAUUCGAAUUCAUUUUAUGUUCA